CCACGCCCAGCCUCUUGCAGCUUCCUGGUGCCAAGGUCGCUGUGUAUUUUCCCGCCAUUUCCAGCUCUUCGUGAGGAGAACUGGAUGUUUGCGGUGAAAUCUUGAGGUCUUCUGGGAUUACGGCGGCCAAGCGGAUAAAAUGUGUCUCAAGUGGUUAAUAUGUGAUCUCCUAUGUUUGGUCCACUAUCUCCUCCUUCUCCAUAAUGCUGUGUCACAGAAUGGAUUGGUUUCACUGCAACUGGUGUUUCCAAAAAGAUGGGGCUCAUUUCUUUGUCACCAGUUGUGGCCAUAUUUUCUGUAAAAAGUGUGUGACUCUGGAAAAAUGUGCUGUUUGUGGAAUAGCCUGCAAGCAUCUGGCUCUUUCUGAUAAUCUGAAACCUCAGGAGAAGAUGUACUUCAAAAACCCUGUGGAGACAGCUUUGCAGUAUUUCAGUCACAUCUCUCAGGUGUGGAGUUUCCAGAAGAAACAAACAGAUCUCCUCAUUGCCUUUCAUAAGCACAGAAUUACAAAGUUAGAAGCAGCUGUUCAGGAGGCACUGCAAACAGUGACCAGGCAGGACAAAGAACUGUCAGUCUUAAGGAAAGAGAAUGAAGAACUGAAGAAAUGUCUAGCCAUCAUAAAGGAAUCUCCAAGUUGGUACCAAGGAAGCAGGUUGACCACACCUCGACCAGUGGGCAUUACUUCUCCCUCACAGUCAGUUACUCCACGACCCAGCUCUCAGCACAGCAGCCAAGUGGUCAGUCGGUCCUCCUCAUUGGAGUCUAUCCCUUAUAGAAUGUCUGGCUUUAGUAGCUUGGGACAAGGAGCCAGAGGUCUACAGGGAAGGAGCACUCCCAGAGAUUGUUAUACUGAAACCCCUUCACCAGCUUCCUCUCACAGCCUAUCUUACAGGCCUUCAUCUGCCUCCUCUGGACAGGGAAUUUUUCCUUUCAGACCAUCCUUAAAUGGUGGGGAUUCUGAUCACACAAGAAUCCUCACUCCCAACAAUUCAGGUCAGAGGGAAAGCAGAAACACACUACAGUGUCUUCCUGGUUUCCAGCUACCAGUCCUGCAGACUCUCUACCAACAGAGGCAGAUGGAAUUAACCAGAGGGAGAGAAGCAUGGACUACUUUCAGAUAAACCAUCUUCAAGGUCUGAUCUAUACAUAUUGCUAAAGGAUGGACUGUAGCAGCCAAUGCCAUUAGGU